AAAAGACGAGGAACGAAGCGUUUUUAUUUUUCUUUUUGUCGAAGAAAAUAAUAAAAGGAGAAGAAGAAGAGCCAACAUGAACGCGAUGAAAGUGAUUGGAUUUUUGCUAUUCAUUGCAUCAAUUGCAAUGUUGGUUAAAGCACAAAUUAGUCCCUCAUCAGGUUUGCAGGUUUCAAGUACGAUUUCAGAUAAACAUGGAUCGUCUACUGUUGCGCCGAAAGGAAAAGGAAAUUCCAAUCCCAUAAUUUCUCUUCUCUCAUGUAUUUUGGAGAAUGUAGGCAAUCUACUCGGGAUAUCCCUCGGUGGUAUAGUGAAGGAUCUUGGAUCUUUAAUUUCCUCGGAUGGUUCAUUAAAUUUAUCAGGACUUCUUUCCGAUGUUACCGCCAUCUUAAACAUACCGCUCGAUGCAGUAUUUUCUGCCCUUCAAACUGGAAAUCUAUCACAACUCACGAAACAGCUUCAACCUUUGGUCGAUAGCUUAUUAAAUAUACCUAUAGUUGGCUCCAUAUUAUUACUUCUAUCGAAUGUUCUCCAGAUUCCAGUUUCUCUCGUCGUAGCUGUACUCAGUUUGGUUCUCCACAUCGUUAAAGCAUUACUCAGUCUUCUUUUGGGGAUACAAGUGAAAUUUUGAUAUAUCCUAUAAAUCUACCAACAUGCAUAUAUAUAUAUAUAAAUCUUUAACAAAUUGUUAUUAAAAAAUUGUAUUUCAAAAAAUAUAUUUAUAUUGCAAAGUU